AUGGGGUCGCCACGCAACAAUUUAUUCUUCCAUGCUUUGCCCAGAGCACUCCGUCUCCCACAUUUCUCCGCAACUGCUGCAACCCCUCGCUACUUUAGCCAUCACUUUGCAAGCAACAUGGCUUCGUCGCAAGAGAAGACCAGUCAAUGGACUGCAGAGCGCGUUCGAAACGAAUUUAUAGAUUAUUUCAAGGAGAGAGGACACACCUUUGUGCCCUCCUCCUCUGUCGUGCCUGUUUCUGAUCCAACCCUUUUGUUCGCAAAUGCGGGCAUGAACCAGUACAAAUCAAUUUUCUUGGGAACAGUUGAUCCUCAGUCAGACUUUGCGCAUCUCAAACGUGCAGUCAAUUCGCAGAAGUGUAUUCGAGCAGGUGGAAAGCACAAUGAUCUUGAUGAUGUGGGCAAAGACAAUUACCACCAUACUUUCUUUGAAAUGCUCGGAAACUGGAGUUUUGGAGACUAUUUCAAGAACGAAGCGAUUACCUAUUCCUGGGAACUUCUUACCAAAGUAUUCGGCCUCGACCCAUCCAGACUGUAUGUCACUUACUUUGAGGGGGAUGCACAAGGCGGCCUUGAGCCAGAUUUGGAGGCGAAAGAUAUCUGGAGAAAAGUUGGCGUUCCGGAGGAUCAUAUUCUUCCAGGCAACAUGAAAGAUAACUUCUGGGAGAUGGGCGACCAGGGUCCCUGUGGCCCUUGCAGUGAGGUUCAUUAUGAUCGAAUUGGUGGCCGAAAUGCUGCAUCUCUUGUCAACCAAGAUGACCCAAAUGUGCUUGAAAUCUGGAACAACGUCUUCAUUCAGUAUAACCGUGAGGCGGAUCGCUCACUGAGACCUCUGCCGAACAAACAUGUCGAUACCGGUAUGGGUUUUGAGCGACUAGUCUCCGUUCUCCAAGACAAGUCAUCGAACUACGACACUGAUGUUUUCAUGCCGCUAUUCCGCACGAUACAAGAGAUUACAGGUGCUCGCGAAUAUCAAGGACGAUUUGGGGCCGAGGACGCCGACGGAGUGGACACCGCUUAUCGAGUAGUGGCUGAUCACGUCAGAACCCUGACCUUUGCAAUCUCUGAUGGCGCAUACCCCAAUAACGAAGGUAGGGGUUAUGUUAUUCGCCGAGUUCUUCGUCGAGGAGCUCGUUAUGCACGCAAAUAUUUUAACGUGGAGAUUGGCAGCUUCUUUUCUAAGAUUGUCCCUACUCUUGUUAACCAAAUGGGAGGCAUGUUCCCGGAAAUUAAGGAAAAACAGGAUGAGGUCAUGGAGGCUUUGAACGAAGAAGAGGUUUCGUUCUCCAAGACACUGGACCGUGGCGAGAAACAAUUCGAGAACUAUGCUCAACAGGCCAAAUCGAAGGGCCUCAACAAGCUUCAUGGCGCAGAUGUAUGGAGACUUUAUGAUACUUUUGGCUUCCCAGUCGACUUGACUCAAAUCAUGGCAGAGGAGCGAGGUCUCAGUAUCGACGAAGCCGAAUUCGAAGAGGCACGAUUGAAGGCCAAGGAAGCCAGCAAAGGCCAGAAGAAGGCUGCUGCAGAGACUGUGAAGCUUGAUGUUCAUGACUUGGGCAAGCUGGAUAACAUGCACGAAGUUCCGAAGACAGAUGAUUCUUCCAAAUUUGACUCUCCGAAAAUCGAGUCCGUUGUCAAGGCAAUUUACUAUAGCAAGAGCUUCAUUCAGACCACGGCGGAUGUACCAGAGGGAGAGCAGAUUGGAGUUAUUCUUGAUCGAACCAAUUUUUACGCCGAACAAGGUGGUCAAGAGAAUGACACUGGUGCUAUCUACAUCAACGGAAAGGCAGAGUUGGAAGUCGGCGAUGUACAGUCGUAUGGUGGUUAUGUCCUCCAUACAGGUUUCAUCAAGUAUGGAUCUCUCGCCGUUGGGGAUUCUGUUACGUGCGAAUUCGAUGACCGCCGUCGCCAACCUAUCAGAAACAACCACACUGGAACUCAUAUCUUGAACUUUGCGUUGAGAGAGGUCUUGGGAGACGGUAUUAACCAGAAAGGUUCCCUUGUGGCGGCAGAGAAGUUGCGAUUCGACUUCUCCCACAAGGCAGGCGUGUCUGACAAGGAGCUUGACCAGAUUGAGAGAAAAUCUACCGAAUACAUUCGACAAAAUUGCGGCGUGUACUCGAAAGAAGUGCCCCUUGCUACCGCGCGCGAAAUCAGUGGUGUGCGUGCCGUAUUUGGUGAGACAUAUCCUGACCCCGUACGAGUUGUCUCGGUGGGAGUCGAAGUCGAGGAGAUUCUCAAGGACGUUAAAGACCCACGAUGGAACGAUAUCAGCAUUGAAUUCUGUGGCGGUACCCACGUUUCAAAGUCUGGCGAGAUCCGGGAGCUCGUUAUUCUCGAGGAAUCCGGUAUCGCGAAGGGUAUUCGAAGAAUCAUCGCGGUAACAGGUGAUGAAGCUUUGCAAGCCCAGUUGACCGCAGUUGAGUUUGAGAAACGCCUUGAAAAGCUUCGAACAAUGGAGCAUGGUGCCGCCAAGGAGACCGAGAUGAAACAAGUUCAGUUGGAACUGAACCAACUCUCAAUUUCUGCUGUUCAGAAGGCUAAAUUCCGAGACUUGUUUGCACGUAUCAACAAACAGGUCUUGGAUGAUCAGAAAGCUCAACAGAAAGUCGAGCUGAAGAAAGCCCAGGACCUCAUCAAGGCAUAUUUUGAUGCCGAGGAAAACAAGGGUCGCUCAACUUUCGUUGCCAAACUGCCAGCGACCUCCAAUUCCAAGGUUGUUAGCGAGUCGAUCAACUUUAUCAAGUCUAAGAUGGCUGACAAGACUGUUUACUUUUUCGCGCCGGACCCCAGUGGAAACAAGGUCGCACAUGGUUGCCAUGUGUCGAAGGCCGCUAGUGACCUUGGUCUCUCCCCAAGUGGGUGGGCGAAUGUCGUUUCGGGAGCUGUUGGUGGAAAGGCUGGUGGAAAAGCCCCUACAGCCAUUGGCAACGGAACAAACCCUGACAAGGUCGACGAAGGCGUUGCACUUGCCACCGAAUAUCUUGAGAAAUUCAAAUUGUAA